AUGACGACAUACAUCUUCGUUCACGGCUUUCAAGGGUCCCUUGAAUCUACCUUCUGUCGCCUGCCGCAAAGCCUCGCUACCACAGUUGCUGACGCUCGAUGCGAAGCCGUCGAGUACGGAGACCUAACUUCUUCCAACAUCAUGACUGCGGUAGCCGAUCUCGUGAACAAAGUGGACGCGUCGGUUCAAGCUGGCCAGCGCGUUGUCAUCGUUGCCCACUCAUUCGGCGGCAUCGUGACGGGAUUGGCCCUACAGCAACACACAGAGCUCAUGCACCAGGUGGAUCGGAUCAUCCUGUAUGACUCUCCCAUUGGUGGAGUGAAUGCGGUGAAUCUGCUGCAAUCCUCGGUCAGCCUCCACCAACUUCGCGACGCCCUUGCGGACUAUGCCGAGACACAGCACUUGCACAUCGUGAAUGUGCAGCCCCCUGAAAGGAGCCUGCACUGGCUGCGACCUUACCACGUUCCAAACAGUGAGACCGUGUUCUUCCCCUCUGAUCAGCCGGCAACAUUCGUUCACGCCAUUGAUGUCCACACCCAAAUGUUUAUCGAAGAGCAUCUCGAGUGGCAUGUGCAGUUGCUGCGCUGA